AUGGAUACUUUCUACCUGGAUCUCAUUGAGGAGACCAGACCUACUGGAGGUCCACUGUCCUUACUGGAGGUCCACUGUCCCUACUGGAGGUCUACUGUCCCUAAUGGAGGUCUACUGCCCCUACUGGAGAUCCACUGUCCCUACUGGAGGUCUACUGCCCCUACUAGAGGUCCACUGUCCCUACAGGAGGCCUACUGUCCCUAUUGGAGGACUACUGUCCCUACUGGAGGUCUACUGGAGGUCUACUGCCCCUAUUGGAGGUCCACUGUCCCUACUGGAGGUCUACUGUCCCUAAUGGAGGUCUACUGCCCCUACUGGAGGUCCACUGUCCUUACUGGAGGUCUACUGUCCCUAUUGGAGGACUACUGCCCCUACUGGAGGUCAACUGCCCCUACUAGAGGUCCACUGUCCCUACUGGAGGCCUACUGCCCCUACUGGAGGUCCACUGUCCCUACUGGAGGACUACUGCCCCUACUGGAGGUCUACUGUCCCUACUGGAGGACUACUGUCCCAACUGGAGGACUACUGUCCAUACUGGAGGUCUACUGCCCCUAUUGGAGGUCCACUGUCCCUACUGGAGGACUACUGCCCCUACUGGAGGUCUACUGUCCCUACUGGAGGUCUACUGGGAUGAGUGUUCCUCACAAUCUGAGUAAAACCUCCAUUUUCCACGGCUUAGUCCGACUGCUGCUCAGUCUGAUAAUGAAUGACUGA